UUUUGCCCAGGGAUAUGUCAUUGGGGAGAUCCCCUGUGUUGGGGGUGCACCCUGUGCCCCGACCCCUCUGGCUGUCCCACCUCAGCCUGCUGUGCGUAUGUGUGUCUCUCUUUGUCCAGGCUCCCCAGGGUUUGCCUGUGGUAGGUUAUAACACUGACUCCAAGAGGGAAAUCACACUGGACGGAGAUUUGAUGAUUGGUGGCCUGUUCCCUGUGCACCAGAAAGGUGAGGGGGCAGAGGACUGUGGGAAGAUCAAUGCUCAGAGAGGGAUCCAGAGACUGGAGGCCAUGCUGCUGGCUCUAGAUGAAAUCAACAAGGAUGAGCGCAUCCUGCCUGGGAUCAGACUGGGAGCUCAUAUUUUGGACACAUGCUCGAAGGACACCUACGCUCUAGAGCAAUCUCUGGAGUUUGUCCGGGCCUCCCUCACCAAAGUGGAUGACAGUGAGUACACAUGCCCUGAUGGCUCCUACGCCAUCCAUGACGACGUCCCUCUGGCCAUCUCUGGAGUAAUAGGAGGCUCCUACAGUGAUGUCUCCAUUCAGGUGGCCAACCUGCUGCGACUCUUCCAGAUUCCUCAGAUCAGUUAUGCUUCCACCAGUGCCAAGCUCAGUGACAAGACCCGCUAUGACUACUUUGCUCGUACCGUGCCCCCUGACUUCUACCAGGCCAAAGCUAUGGCUGAAAUCCUGCGCUACUUCAACUGGACGUACGUAUCAACAGUGGCAUCAGAAGGUGACUAUGGUGAGACUGGCAUUGAUGCCUUCCAGCAGGAGGCUCGUGCCCGCCAGAUCUGCAUCGCUACUUCAGCCAAAGUAAGCCGCUCCAUGAGCCGCUGGAGUUAUGAGAAUGUGAUCCGCUCCCUGCAGCAGAAGUCCAAUGCCAAGGUGGUCAUCCUAUUCACACGCAGUGAAGAUGCCCGUGAGCUGCUGGUGGCAGCCAACCGUAUGAACGUCACCUUCACCUGGGUGGCCAGUGAUGGGUGGGGAGCACAGGAGAGUGUGGUGAGAGGCAGUGAAGCUGUCGCAGAUGGGGCAUUCACCAUUGAACUGGCUUCCUAUCCAAUCCCCCAGUUUAAUGAUUACUUCACUGCCCUGCACCCGUACAACAACACCAGGAAUCCCUGGUUCAGAGAAUUUUGGGAAAACCAGUUCCAGUGCAGCCUCCAUGAUCUGGGCUGUGGGAAGCACUCACUGCGUGAGGUUCCGUUUCAACCAGAAUCCAAGAUCAUGUUUGUAGUGAAUGCUGUUUAUGCAAUGGCUGCUGCCUUACAUAAUAUGAGGCAGGCCUUAUGCCCCAACUCCACCAAGGUCUGCGAUGCUCUUAAACCUGGUAAUGGCAGAAAGUUCUACAGGGACUACAUUCUCAAGGUCAAGUUUGAUGCACCAUUUCGUCCACCAGACACAGAGAAUGUAGUCCGUUUUGACGCCUUUGGAGACAGCCUCGGCCGUUACAACAUUUUCCACUACCACAAAGAAGGUGGACACUAUGUCUAUCGCAAGGUUGGCUACUGGGCUCAGAGCCUAACCCUGAACACCAGCUUGAUCCCCUGGGCUGGCCAGGCUGCGCCCACCUCCCAGUGUAGUGACCCCUGCAGGAAGAAUGAGGUGAAGAGUAUGCAGCCUGGAGAUGUGUGCUGCUGGAUCUGUAUCCCCUGUCAGCCCUACCAGUACUUGCAGGAUGAGUUCACAUGUGCUGACUGCAGCUUUGGACAGUGGCCUCUGGCUAACCUGACAGGUUGUUACGACUUGCCUGAAGAGUACAUCCGCUGGGAAGAUGCUUGGGCCAUUGGACCCGUCACCAUUUCCUGUCUAGGGAUGAUGUGCACGCUCUUCGUCAUUGGCCUCUUCCUCAAACACAAUGAGACACCCGUGGUGAAGGCCAGCGGACGUGAGCUCUCCUACAUUCUUCUGCUGGGAGUGCUGAUGUGUUAUAGCAUGACAUUCAUCUACAUCGCCAAACCUUCCACAGCAGUUUGCACACUGCGCCGGCUAGGUUUAGGCACCUCCUUUGCUGUGUGCUACUCAGCCCUCCUAACCAAGACAAAUCGCAUCGCUCGGAUCUUCAGUGGGGUGAAGGACGGUGCCCAGCGGCCUCGAUUUAUCAGCCCAGCCUCGCAGGUUGCCAUCUGUGGUGCUCUGAUCUCCUGCCAGCUGGUGGUGGUGGUGGUCUGGUUGCUGGUGGAAGCCCCAGGGGUGAGAAAGGAAGUAGGUCCGGAAAGGAGAGAUGUGGUCACUCUCAAAUGUAACAGCAAGGACUCCAGCAUGCUCAUGUCUCUCACCUACAACUGCAUCCUUAUUAUCCUCUGCACGGUCUACGCCUUCAAGACCCGCAAAUGCCCUGAGAACUUCAACGAGGCCAAGUUCAUUGGGUUCACCAUGUACACUACCUGCAUCAUCUGGCUGGCUUUCCAGCCCAUUUUCUAUGUUACUGCCAGUGACUACAGGGUGCAAACCACCACCAUGUGUAUCUCUGUCAGUCUGAGUGGGUCGGUGGUGCUGGGCUGCCUCUUUUCUCCCAAGGUCCACAUCAUCCUGUUCCAGCCACAGAAGAAUGUCAGCACCCUGCGGGUGGCCACCACUCGCUUCAGUGUCACCACUGGUCCAGGCUCCAGUUUCUCUCAAGCAUCAGCCUCCAAUGUUGUUCCUACAGUGUGUAAUGGACGAGAGGUGGUGGACUCCACAACGUCCUCUUUGUGAAGAUCAGCUGAGUUCCUCUGCCAAGCAUUGUAAACAGAGUUAUAUAAUCACUAGUCCUGAAUCAGGUGUCUCAGAUAUUAAAGAGGACGAUCGUCCUGACUUUGUUGUCCUCAGAGUGCUGUGAGUACAAUGUCCCAAUUAUUUAAUUUUGUUCU